GCGGCGGCGAUUCGACAAGCGCUCCGCCGCGUCCCCGCGUCCCGAGAGCCGGCCGCGGCGCGGGGCAGCCUUCCAUCACGGAGAGCCCAGCUGUCAGCUGCCUCUCGGGAAGAUGCUGUGUCCCUGGGCCAGUGAGGGUGUGGGCAUGCGUGUGCGUUUGGCCACAGUCCUGGCAGCGCUGUGGUUCUGCAUCACAGGUGCCGUGGAGGUCCAGGUCCCCGAGGACCCCGUGGUGGCCCUGGUGGGCACCGAUGCCACCCUGCGCUGCUCCUUCGCGCCCGAACCCGGCUUCAGCCUGGCGCAGCUCAACCUCAUCUGGCAGCUGACGGACACCAAACAGCUGGUGCACAGCUUCGCCGAGGGCCGGGACCAGGGCAGCGCCUACGCCAACCGCACGGCGCUCUUCCCCGACCUGCUGGCGCAGGGCAACGCGUCCCUGAGGCUGCAGCGUGUGCGCGUGGCUGAUGAGGGCAGCUUCACCUGCUUUGUGAGCAUCCGGGACUUCGGCAGCGCCGCAGUCAGCCUGCAGGUGGCGGCUCCCUACUCGAAGCCCAGCAUGACCCUGGAGCCCAACAAGGACCUGCGGCCUGGGGACACGGUGACCAUCACGUGCGCCAGCUACCGAGGCUAUCCGGAGGCCGAGGUGUUCUGGCAGGACGGGCAGGGCGCACCCUUGACGGGCAACGUGACCACGUCGCAGAUGGCCAACGAGCAGGGCUUGUUCGACGUGCGCAGCGUCCUGAGGGUGGUGCUGGGCGCUAAUGGCACCUACAGCUGCCUGGUGCGCAACCCCGUGCUGCGGCAGGACGCUCAUGGCUCCGUCACCAUCACAGGGCAGCCCAUGACCUUCCCCCCUGAGGCCCUGUGGGUGACCGUGGGGCUGUCUGUCUGUCUUGUUGCACUGCUGGUGGCCCUGGCCUUCGUGUGCUGGAGAAAGAUCAAGCAGAGCUGCGAGGAGGAGAAUGCAGGUGCUGAGGACCAGGAUGGGGAUGGAGAGGGACCCAAGACCGCCCUGCGGCCUCUGAAACACUCUGAAAACAAAGAAGAUGAUGGACAAGAAAUAGCCUGACCACGAAGACCAGGGAGCUGCUGCUCCAGCCUGGGGGCUCCCACCUCUGGCUGCACCGGGGCCUCAGUGUGAGCCCUGCCCCCAACAGAUGGCUCCCACUCUGGCAGGUCUGCCCAUUCUCCAAAGGACAGAGAGACCACCCCGCAGCCUUCUUUCUCCAAUGGACGUGAUUCCCAAGUCAUCUUGCUGCCUUAUUUCUCCAGUGACACGAUACAUAAACCAUCCUGCUGUCUUGUUUCUUAUGGACAUGAUACAGACACCACCCCACCGCCUUAUUUCUCCAGCGGAUAUGCUGCAUGGACCAUCUGGCUGCCUCCUUUUCUUCACAGGACACAAUAUUCAGACGGAUCCUCUGCCUUCUUUCUCCAAAGACAGGAUACGCAGUCACUCCUGGCCUUCUUUCUCCAGUGGCCCUGUUACACUAGUUUUCAUCUCUCAGCCUUUUGCUCCACUCCCCCGCCCCCGUAAGCCUGUCUCCUCAGACGGGGACACUGCAGCUUCAGCAUCUCCUUGAGUUCACAGGCAUCUCCCCGCCUCUGGCCCCAGCGUUGGCCUUUUCCCUCCCUCCCUAAGUGAAGACAGGGCCCUUCCCCCAGGCAUGCAGGGGCACACCGACACCUGUGCUGGGACACAUAGGGACCUCCCUUCGCCUAGUCUCUCCCGUGGUGCCCUGGGCUGUGCCCUGGGGCUGCCUCCCCAUGGGAAGCAUGUGCUGGUCACACUGGGUCUCUGGGGGUCUGCAUGGGCCCCCUGGAGGUCGGCCUCUAGCCCUCUGCUUUUCCCUCCUAUCCUUUUGUUCAUCCAUUGUAGUCAUGUUCGUUGAGCAUCCGUGGGGUGUUAGCACUGCCUUAGGUACCUGGGACCCAGUGUGAGAAGACAGGCCCCUCCUUUAAGGAGCUUGUCCUUCAACUGGGGAACCGCGAGGAGACAGACAACUGCCUGCCACGGCCUGCGCCUUGUGAGGGGGCUCCUGCCCUUCUCCCUACAGUACCCCUCUAAUGUGCCCGCAGCGUCCUGGAUACCUCAUGCCCAGGCCGUCCCUAAUCCCUUCCCAGAGCAGGGGGUGCGGGCAGAAACCUGGAGACAGGGGCAGAACCUCUUGCUACAGUCGGAGAAUCUGAUGGUUUCCAAAGUCUUUCAAGGUGUGAGCAGGUGAGCAGGUGGGCAGGCGGCCACGGCAACCCGGACCCUGGAGAGCAGAAGUGUAGGGGAAGCCUGGGGACGGGGCAGGGCCAGGAGGGCACAGGGACACAGCCCUUCACCCCCCACCAUGGUGCUAUUCUGGAGCCGGGAGGACACCUCCUGGCUUGUCUCUCGCCAGCCCCCGGCCUCCGGAACGCUUCUGAUGUCCUUCUGCUGACAUUUCCUCCUUCCCCAGGGAACGGAAGAGGUGGCAUGCCUAAUUUAAAUGUGGGACUCUGAGGAAUUUUGUUAACUGGGGGUGUAUUUUGGGAAAAAUAAAUGGCUUUGUAGAAA